CAGCAUAUCGAGAGCCGACCUGUAUAUUCCAUAAAACAACACAGGACUCUCUAUGAUGGACGAAGAAACUACAGCAGCCGAGACUCCUGCGUCGGCAGUUUUUGUUCCUCCGUCGGUCCAGGACCAUCAAGACUCACUACUAUCCGGAAGGACAUAUGCACAUUACAGCACAGUCCCUGAAAGAGUAACGAGGAAUUCCGAGUCAGACCUUGGGACACCAUGUGUGUUAGGCGUGGACGAGGCUGGACGGGGGCCCGUGAUCGGUCCUAUGAUCUAUGGUGUCUACUAUCUUCCGAUAGAAAUCCAGCACUCACUCCUGGCUACGACGUACCAUUUUGACGACUCCAAAGUCCUAACACCCGUUGUCCGUGCAAAUCUCAUGAAAGCCGUCUGCCAAGCAGACACAGACCUGUUCCAAUCGUCCGGCUGGGCCAUCAAAUCCCUCAGUGCCCAAGACAUUGGUGCUGGCAUGAUGAAAAAUGGCGGCUCUUACAACCUCAAUGCACAGGCCAUGGACGCGACAGUCGACUUGAUCAGAGGAGUGAUCGACCGGGGCGUAAAUGUCAGAGAGAUCUACGUCGAUACCAUUGGCAAGCCAUCGAUUUAUCAGAAGAAGCUGCAGCUGAUCUUCCCAACAAUCAAGAUCACGGUCGAGAAGAAAGCCGAUAGCCUGUUUCCUUGUGUUAGCGCAGCCAGUGUUGUUGCCAAAGUGACCAGGGAUGUCAGCUGUGAGACUCUUCUUGAGGCUUACGUCCGGACAGUUGAUACUUCCGACGAGGCUGCGGUCAAUUGGGGUUCGGGUUAUCCCUCAGACGCGAGGUGUGUAAGUUGGAUGAAAUCGGCCAUAGAUCCCGUCUGGGGAUUCGGGAAUGAAUGCAGGUUCAGUUGGGGGACGGUAAAGGACAUGUUUGAACAGAAAGGCGGACCUGCGAAGAGGACAGAUUGGCCAGAGGAUGGUGACGACGAUAACAUGCGACUUUCUCAUUAUUUCGGCGCCAACGGAACACCCGUACCAAGAACGGAAACAGAUGAAUUGAGAGCCUGGUUCGGAACAGGCGUUGGACUGGAAGCAUUUUAAACCUUCGAGGCCAUAGCGUGGCCGCCCAUAUCGAUCCCGAAUUGCUGACUUGCAUCUGCCCAAGUCUACGCAAGUCUACCCGAGACACAUCCUCGCCAGAUACCAACAAGGGAACGCCAUGCAUAUGCCCAACAAGACCCAAAGGAAGCUGGAAACGUUGCCGUUCACAACUUCGACUUCACCCACAGACCCUUCAUGGCUCCCUGGAUGCCCGGCAGAUUGGCAGGACCAUCAUAUAUAUCUCUCUCAACUGCUCUGGUGUUGAUGUGUAGGGGACCAAGGUCCGACAGUUUCUCCACGCCCAGCAGACGACCCGCUGUAGCCGUCUCAUCGCGCAAGAUCUCAAGUACCCUUUCAACACCUUCGAUGCCACCAGCUGCCAGACCAUACAGAGCACCACGACCGAUGCCGACGGCCUUUGCUCCUAGAGCCAAUGCUUUGACCACAUCGGUACCUCUUUUGAUACCUCCGUCCACCACAACGUCCAGUUUGGUCAGCACUUCGGGGCAGUAUUUUCGAAUCUCGAGUAACGUGUGGAUUGCAGGUGGUGCGGUGUCGGCCGCCCGGCCCCCGUGGUUGGAUAAGAUGAUCCCCUUGAUCUGAUCUGCAUGUUGGGCAGCAUAGUAGGCGUCUUCAUGACACUGUAGACCCUUGAGAAUGAUCGGCUUAUUCGUAUGCUUCUUCAACCAGGGCAGGGUCUUCGUCCAGGUCAAUGUGGGAUCAGUACCGAAGAACAA